CACCGUACUACGUUAAAAGGGGCGUGGCUUGAGUGGCAUCCCGGAAGCGGAAGUUCGCCCGUCUCUUUCCGGUCCCGUCAGUCGAUAGAGGCAGCGGUUGGAAGGAGCUGAGCCAGCCCGGCGCCAUGCCUCGCAAGAUUGAAGAGAUCAAAGAUUUUCUGCUGACAGCCAGGAGGAAGGAUGCAAAGUCUGUCAAGAUCAAGAAGAACAAGGACAAUGUGAAGUUCAAGGUGCGCUGCAGCCGGUACCUGUACACCCUGGUCAUCACAGACAAGGAGAAGGCAGAGAAGCUGAAGCAAUCCCUGCCUCCAGGUUUGGCUGUGAAGGAGCUGAAAUGAACUGUUUGCACCUCCACAUUGAUGACAAUAAAAAUUGGAACUGUU